UUUCAGUGUUUAAGAGUGAUUUUCGUUCCGAAGCGUGUUAGAAAUGAACGCCGCCGGGUCUGAAUUUGAGCGUUUGUCUCUUCGUGACAAAAAACUAACCGUAAAGCUCAUCCGGGCCUACGAGUCCCAGAAUGUUCUAUGGAACAAAGAAAAUCCGGACUUUGUAUUUCCGAUGGCCAGAAAUGUCGCCUGGACGACAAUUGCAAACGAGGUACAGAUGCAUAAGACCGAUGUAAAACAGAAAAUAAAAUACCUUACGGGCUGGUUCCGGCGCCAGCAGCGUCAGAAUAAGGUAACUCAGCGCUGGUGGACCCCGUUCAUGAGCUUCUUGGAACCCGUCCCCCACUGCAAACAGGAGAACAACAUAGAAGCAACGGCCAUCGAGGAUUGUCAUGACAACCGCGUGGAUUCGGAGCAGCAGACGGUGGAGCAGAUGAAUGACGCCAUCAUGCAAAUCAAUGAUGAAAGUAUAACCAUCACCCUACACGCCUCCCGUGAAAUCCAUUUUUUUCCAUUGAUGAAGGCUUCUACAAUACCUAAUCAUUUCACAUACGGUUCUCACAUCAUUAUUAACUAUUAGAAAACUGUUUGCCGGAUUAAACUGUAUUAAAAUAUUCGUUCCUUUC